CCAGAAACAAGCAGAGUUCACAUAUACCAGGCACACACACACUAGUCACUACACUGGCUCUAGCCAUCCUUCUGAGGCCAUGAGAAGACUGCUAACCACACAGGAGCAGGAUGGAUGGAGGGAACUGGUUAACAAGGAGGCCUUCUGCAGAGUCAGCUGGAAGGUCAAGUAUGGGUCCAAAUACCCCCGGCAGGUGCCUAACUAUGGGAUUUCUCAGAAAAAGAGCUUCUUGCCUGCUAUCCGCCCUCCAGAUGAUGGUGGGAAUUCUUCUCCCUGUGAAGAAAUAACUGUGCAAAAGAAUGAAGGAAAGAAGCCACCAGAAAGAGAAGAUGAUGCCAGCCUUCAGGAGCCUCUGCCCGAGAUGAGGCCCCCAACGGCAGAGACAGUGCAACUGCUGUACCAGGGCUUCUCCCAUGAGGGCAAGGGGAGGCAACACUACCUCAAAGAGAGGAAGAGGAAGAGCCCUGAGGAAAAGUUUUAUUACCCCAUCCUGUCAUCCUGGGACUAUGGUUGGCGCUUAGGAGAUGCUGUUAAAGACAUCAGAACUCCAAUUUAUGGCAAAUCCCGAAUUGUAAAGGAUACUUUCUACUUCAAAAAUGGAAUUUUCUAUCAUCCUUCAAAAACUGACAAGCUGUCAUGAAUAUUAAUACUGGUUGAAAUGUGGAAAUAAUUCUACAGUUCUGCCUUGACAUGAAUAUUUGUUCUGGUAUUGGAUCAUGCAGACUCUUUGAUUUGGCCGUAGAUUUAGAACAGAGUAGAGUAGACCCAUGAAAAUGAAGAGGGUGUUUGUUAUUUCAAUAGGUCUCCUCUAUGCAUGACUAAUUUGGUGUCAACCUCAUAAUUAACUUUCAGAUUUAAAGGUUGCUGCUGUCUUAUUGUCUUUUUAAUACACAAUAGCCAAAUUCCUGCAUCCUAGACUGUAAUGCAAUGAUGAUGGAGCUACAUUGUUCAUACAAUAUGGAUCCCUGUAAAAGAACUGUGAUGAUGCACAGGAGGCCACCAUACAAGGUGUCCUGUUAUACAACAUCUGCUCCUACCACAUAAGGGAACAAUCACACAAGAUUAUUGCUCAAUGGGGGCCAUUUUUAUUUAUUUAUUUAUUUCAGUUCUAUUCUUCCUUUCUCCUAAAAAGGGACCCAAAGCAGCUCACAAGACAAAAACAUCAAAACAUCACAAUAAAAAUUUAAAAACAAAUCUAGUUAAAAUAGUAUAAAAUUACUACAAAAACAUACAAAAAUUAAAUACAUAACUAAAACACACACACCAUAUAAAAAACCACUCAGUCCUGAAUACAUGUUAAAAAGUCUGCUUAAAUAAAAAUGUUUUUGCUUGCCGACGAAAGGCAAGGAGUGAGGGGACCAACCUAGCCUUCCAUGGAAGGGAGUUCCAAAGCUCUCUCUUGUGUCCUCACCAAGCAAGCCUGUUAUGGUAGUGGUACUGGGAGAAAGCCUUCUCCUGAAGAUCCUAGGGCUCUAGCAGGUUUGUAUGGGGAGAUGCGGUCUCUCAGUCACAGAACAAGGUACUGUGAAUUCUUGGCUGUAGUCAUUGUUGACUACACUCCCACGACUGCUGCGCUGCUGAAGUUGGGCAGAAAACUGCAACCAAAUUUGGGCAGCAGACCAGAAAUACUAAAUUAUGAUGGUUUCCCACCCAAAUUUUGGUGGGAAAUGGUAGAAAACCAAACAAACCCCAAACAUCAACAUGGGUGUUUCCUGCUUUUUAAAAAGGAGAAUUCCUGGUUUCCUGACAAGGUUCAAGAGCAUGGUUUUGGGAGACUACGGGCAGUAAAAGGGCCUUGAGGGCCAUAUGUUUUGUCCAUCCUAGUUGAGUCUCAAGUCUGCAUAUAUCAUCUGUGUUGCUGGUCUUACAUGCCUUCAGAUCAGGCUUGACUAAUGGUAUGAACAGCCUGCUCAGGUCUGCACACUCAGAGCAGUGACUUCUGUGAUUGUGCCUUCCCCCCUUUAGUGCAGUUGUCCUCUUUUCCUCCUACGUACUUCCAAUUUUAACAAAAGUUAUCAUCUCUUCCAAAUGAGACAUGCCAUCUCAUAUGUUGAAAGUUUAACUGCAUGAGUUUAUUCCAUUUGGCUUCUAGUAAAAACCCAUAUACCAGAUAUGCUCCAACUAUAAGUCAAAGAAUUUAUGCCCAAAAUUGACUCUAAAAUCUGAGCUCGACAUAUAUGGGUCACUACAGUCGCCAUGGGGCCAGAUCAACUGGAGGGCAGUUAACAACAACAAAUAGUAAUACUGCUUAGAAAGGUCCUAAAAAAGCAGCCCCAAUGCACCA